AUGGACCAUACUCUGAUCCCAAGUCGCCUAGGCAUAUUUCGUCUCAAAGAAGCCGACACAAAAUCAGGACUCUUUUCGCGACUCGGCAAAAAGUACAUCUUCGCAGUGGCGGAGAAAUAUCCCCUGAAUUUAGACGACGCCUUGAUCCUCAUCUACUUCCCACUAAUACCCUACGGUUCGAGCGAUGCGAUAAUCUUUAUACGAAGUGAAUCCGACAGGGGCUUUCGCAAAUAUGCUGCCGUUGUCGCAAGGGGCGAUCCGCAGUUUGAGAUUGAGAUACAGCAUUACCCGGCUGAAAGCGCGACUGAUCCCCAGUCCCUAAUGAUCAAGAAAACAGCACACUUUCACUCACUCGCGGACGUGAUCUCUCAACGCCAAGACAAAAAGACAAUAGACACGGUCAAGAUUGGUCUCAAAUUCCGGCGAAGUUGGGUCGGGUCGCCGGAGUACACAGAGUGGAAAGAAGAGGCCGGGACUCUCGUAAAGUAUAGGACUGAGGAUUUCAAAGUAUGGGACGACACCAACGCCCAGAUCGUGAUGUUGUUCCAUCACUUCAACCUAGCCAAGAAGCCCUCAGGGGCCAGAUUCUCCAUAGACUUGGUGCAGAAAAGCGACGAUUCGAAUGAGUAUCUCAUCUACCCGGGGCACACGCUUUCGGUUCUUGCCAAGGCCACGACGCAUGCUCUCUUGGCUUGGAAGUACUGGACGCAUGAUCUGCAGGAAGCAUCACCGAUUCGGAGAGACGAAGAAGAACCUUCUUAA